CCAAUAUAUGCGUUGCAACCUGCCCAAUCGAAGCAUCAAGCGGGCGUAUGUUUCCAAUGAGUUUGAUUGGUUAAAUAAUAAUUCAUGAACGGUCUAUGGUUUGCUUAUGAUCAUAUCUGUUAAGGAUUGUUUUUAUUUGGUGACGAAUUUUAGAGCAACGCUUCAUCAUAAAAGUAACCUUUGCCGAGAGAAAUGAUGGCGUUACGGCGCCUAACAUCUGUUAUGUUGUGUCUAAGACCACCGACUGUAUGUUCAAGUGGAACUAGAUUAUUGUCUACGAAUUAUAGACUAUCAGGACUGUCUGCAUCCUCUAAUUUGUACCUGAUAGGGUCAAAGUCGCACACCUUAUACAACUCCGCUUUCACACCUAAAAUCUACGUCCCAUGCCGAUACAGCACCAUAUUCAGCGAUUAUCCUGGUGAUAUGUUAUGGGAAGGAGUAACGGGACCAAAAGGAGGCUCAAAAAAACGUGCGAGAGGAAAACGCAGAGUCACAAGACAAAAAAUAGAUCUCCAUAAGGGACAGAAAGUGGGAGUUGGAAAAGCCUGCAUGCAGUGGCCUGGUCUUAAUACUUCUUUAUCCUCAUCUAUCAAAAAAGGUGACUAUAAUGAAAAGUAUUUUGAAAGGCUAGAAGCGCUUCGUAACAAAUCUGCUGUGAAAAAGAAACGCAUGAAAUUAGCCCCUUUACAACGUGGUUGGACAGGGAAACGAAUGGGAGGACAAUCUGUUGGUCCACCUACACCAAAUCAUCCGGAUUUUGACUGUCGUGUCAUCGAGUCGAAAGCAAGUUUAUUUUAA